AUGGGAGAUAUUCGACUGGCCGAGAAGGCGCUGGAAAGUGGCAUUUCUUUGGAAAGUUAUUUGCGUUCUAUGAAGUCUGGAGAGUCUAAAGCAAUGCAAGAGAGUGCAGCAGCAAGCAGCAGCAGCAGCAGCCUGGGGGGCCCCCCAGGCGCUGCGGUGGCCCCGAGGCCCCUGGGGGGCUUCCCGCAGCAGCAGCAGCAGCAACAGCUGCUGCUGCAGCAGACACGCCAAACGGACCUCCAGAGUAUUUGGGGGCCCCAAGACUCCAUGGGGCCCCCACAGGCUGCAGUUGGCCUCGGGGGAGUUCCACUUGAACACGAUGUGGAGGAAGAGUUUUCCUUUUUGGAAGACACGGAAUUCUCCCUCGGCUCCGAGGCUUGGGGCAGGGGGCCCCCGGGGGGCCCCCAGGAGUCCGCGCAGACGCGUUCGAAGGCCGCAGCGUGUGCUGCUGCUGCGCAUGCUGCUGCUGCUCAUGCUGCUGCUGCUGCCCCGUCGAACCCCGGAGCUGCUUCUGUUGCUGCUUGGUUUACUGCAAUGCUGGCGGGCCCCCAGGAAGGCUCUGAGGGAGCAGCAGACCGCCAGGGGGGCAUGCAGAAGGCCCACGUGGAGGACAGCUUUCCCGACCCCACGCGGAGACUGCAGCAGCAGCAGCAGCAGCAGCAGCUGCAACAGCAGGCGCGGGAGGCUGCGGGGGGCUUCCUCCAGGACGCCCAAGGGCGCAGCGCACAUCGCCAGGAGGGGCCCCGGGGGCCCCGGCAGCAGCAGCCUCAGCUGCAUGCGCAUGCAGCGUAUCUAAUGCAGCUGCAGCAGACUCCCCACUUGCCGGAGCAGCAGCAGUUUCAGCUGCAGCAGCAACUCGCCCAGGAGCAGCAGCAGCAGCAGCAGCGGAAACGGCUGCAGCAGCAGCGCAUGCAGAUGAUGUACGAGCAGCAGCAGCGGCUGCACCAGCAGCAGCUGCUGCUGAGGCAGCACAGAGGCCAGCCGCUAGACGCAGCCCAGGGCCGCGAGGCUGGCCGGCAGCUGCUGUCUCUUAUAGGUGUAGUGCCCCGCAACAGCACAGAAGGGCCCGAGGGGCCCCCUACUGCUGCUGCUGCUGCUGCUGCUUCGGGGGCCCCUUCGGCCCGGGGGGCCCCGCUGCAGGCGCCACGGGAGGAGCCCGUGGGGCUGAUGGCCCCCCGAGCUGCAGCAGACCUCGAGAGGCAAUUCAUGCAGCGGCAGUGCCAGCAGCAGCGGCAGCAGCAGCAGCAGCAGCAGCAGAUGUAA